AUGGCAAGACUGGCUGACGAUGCCGGCGAAAAGGCCGGGAAUCCGUAUUUGGAGGAUUCUGCGCGACUCCUGUUUUCUGUUGCUAUUAUGAUCUGGGCCCUUGGUUGCACCAAGGUUUGGAGGCGUCAGCGGGCUGUCUGGGCCAGCCGAUGGGUAGCUGGCUCCUUGCUCGAUGACCCAUUGCCCUGGCUUUUAGCCACUCAAGCUUUCGAGGAACGACCUGAGUUUCGAGGUGAACUUCGUCUCAGCCCGAUCACUGGUCUUCCCGAGCGUCAUUACCCGGCCCAUCGACGUCGCUGGCUCUAUGCUUUGACAGGCAGUCUGACUCUGGCUUGCCUUUUGAUGGCGAUAGUCGUUAAUCUCUGUCUGCUCAAUGUGGAGGCAAGUUGA